GUAACCGGACGUUCGCUGACGAUUAUCUUUAUUGUGUAUAAAUAAUUUUUUUUUUAUAAAAAAUUAACUUAUUAAUAAUUUAUAAAAUUAAUAUUUUCUUAAAACUGCUGAUAAUAUUAUUUUGAUUACUAUUGAGAGUUGUUUGGAAGUUGAACGUUUAAAUUAAUAGAAAAAUAUUUUUAAUGGAUCAGCUGUCAGAUCAAGAAAUAAUGAAGCCAAUAGUUCACGUUGAUAAUAGUAGUAACGACAAUAAUCAACAAAAGAAUAAUGAUAUUGAAGAAUUAUCACAAAUUGAAGGUGAAAUAAUAAGCGUUGUUGCUGAAUCAACUGCGACAUUCAAAUGUCUUCACAAAAAUGAACCGGAGUUGACAAUUGACGAGAAGAGAGCAAUUGCUAGUAAAUUAUUGCAUAAAAGUCCGGACCAGUUUCUCGCACGGUUUGGUAAAUUUUUGAAUAACGACCUGUUGAAAUAUUUUGAGACUGAUGACAUGAACUAUGGAGUUGCUCAUUACGUUAAUAAGUUACGAAGGUAUUUUAAUAAUGCUAGUAGAGAAUUAGAUACGAAAAAUAGAAGAUAUGAAGCUUUGAAGCUGUUAGUUGAAAAAGGAGAGUAUUUUAGUGAGACAGCAAUGAUGAGACGCAAUCCGUUGCUCUAUGAAAAUUUAGUUGGUCAGUAUCUCACUGAAAAACAAAAAAAAGAGAGAGACAAUGCUGACACUGACAAUGAUGACAAGACUUUUGUAGACGUCCUGAUGCAGGGAAUUGAGCGUGAUCAUAUUGAGAGACUGAUGAAGAGGCAAGAAGAUGCUGAGAACGAAGUGAUGGAGGAAAAUGAUUCUGAUUCUGAGUCUGAUGAUGAAGAUUGUAAGCUUAAAGAUAAAUCUGAUCUCUUCAAGGAUAACUGUCAGUGGGGAGAGUUGCCUGAUGGCGGAAAAAUAUCUUGCAGUAAAACUAAAUCAGGAAAUGAUUCUGAUGAAAUAGAAACCGAAAACCCUGGAAAUAAAUUGAAAGGAAAAGGAAAAAAUAUGAAAAUUAAGGAAAUAAAUAUUUUACGUCAAGAAUUUGUUACUCAUAUGUAUACUAAUUUUUUAAAUGGCCACGACGUUGACUUUGACUACAGUACUGUAGAUGAUAACGAGGCGUAUGAUAACGUUGAACUAAGGACACAAGAUGAAGAAGAAAAGUACUUCGACUCGGAGUCACCGGAAUUGAUUAAUUCCCCGAAUGUCAACCAGUUCCAAGAUGAGUCCGAGGAUGAAUUGGAUAAAUAUAUGAACUCUUUGAAGGAAGAAACAAAAAUCACGCAAGACCCUCCUUAGAAGCUCAACAUAUUCUUCAACCAUUAUUUUAUCUCACAAUAACUAAUUUUGUACUUAAAAAUAAAUAUAAAUUAAUUAAAACGA